GGUGGGACCUGGGGCGGAGAGCGGUUCGCGCGCUUCGGGCCUAGUCCGGACUCGCCACCGCCGCCGCCAUAUUCCCGUGGCAUCUUUCUUACUUUGUCCAUUCUCCCGGCUCGAGAUCUUCUUUCCGGAGCCAUGUCAGAAGGAGUGGACUUGAUUGAUAUAUACGCUGAUGAGGAGUUCAACCAGGACUCAGAGUUCAACAAUACAGAUCAGAUUGACCUAUAUGAUGAUGUGCUGACGGCUACCUCACAGCCCUCAGAUGAUAGAAGCAGCAGUGCUGAGCCACCUCCUCCUGUUCGCCAGGAGCCAUCUCCCAAGCCCAACAACAAGACCCCUGCAAUUCUCUAUACCUACAGUGGCCUGCGGAAUAGACGAGCAGCCGUCUAUGUAGGCAGCUUCUCUUGGUGGACCACAGACCAGCAGCUGAUCCAGGUUAUUCGCUCUAUAGGAGUUUAUGAUGUGGUGGAGUUGAAAUUUGCAGAGAAUCGAGCAAAUGGCCAGUCCAAAGGGUAUGCUGAGGUGGUGGUAGCCUCUGAAAACUCUGUCCACAAAUUGUUGGAACUCUUGCCAGGAAAAGUUCUUAAUGGAGAAAAAGUGGACGUGAGGCCGGCCACCCGGCAGAACCUAUCACAGUUUGAGGCACAGGCUCGGAAACGUGAGUGCGUCCGAGUCCCAAGAGGGGGAAUACCUCCACGGGCCCACUCCCGAGAUUCUAGUGAUUCUGCUGAUGGACGAGCCACACCCUCUGAGAACCUAGUACCCUCAUCCGCUCGUGUGGAUAAGCCCCCCAGCGUGCUUCCUUACUUCAAUCGCCCUCCUUCAGCCCUUCCCCUGAUGGGUCUGCCCCCACCCCCAAUUCCACCCCCACCACCUCUCUCCUCAAGCUUUGGGGUCCCUCCUCCUCCUCCUGGCAUCCACUAUCAGCAUCUCAUGCCCCCUCCUCCUCGAUUACCUCCUCAUCUGACUGUACCUCCCCCUGGGGCUAUCCCACCUGCCCUUCACCUCAAUCCAGCCUUCUUCCCCCAACCAAAUGCUACAGUGGGGCCUCCACCAGAUACUUACAUGAAGGCCUCUACACCUUAUAACCACCAUGGCAGCCGAGAUUCGGGCCCUCCGCCCUCUACAGUGAGCGAAGCUGAAUUUGAGGAGAUUAUGAAGCGAAACAGAGCAAUUUCUAGCAGUGCCAUUUCCAAAGCGGUAUCUGGAGCCAGUGCAGGGGAUUACAGUGACGCAAUUGAGACACUGCUCACAGCCAUUGCAGUUAUCAAACAGUCCCGGGUUGCCAAUGAUGAGCGUUGCCGUGUCCUCAUCUCCUCUCUUAAGGACUGUCUUCAUGGCAUUGAAGCCAAGUCCUACAGUGUGGGUGCCAGUGGAAGCUCUUCCAGGAAAAGACAUCGGUCCAGGGAGAGGUCACCCAGCCGCUCCCGAGAGAGCAGCAGGAGGCACCGGGAUCUGCUUCAUAAUGAAGAUCGGCAUGAUGAUUAUUUCCAAGAAAGGAACCGGGAGCACGAGAGACAUCGGGAUAGAGAGCGGGACCGCCACCACUGAGGAAGGAAUCUUGGUUGGAAGCAAUUUUUUUUUAAUGGACUUGCAUCUCCUCACCUUGAUCAGGACUAAAGGACGGAGGCCGCUCCACCCCUUCCCCCUCCUCCAAACCCCUAACUCCCUCCAGACACCCAGGCAAUACCCUCUGCCCUAUAGGAUUGAAGAUGGCUUGGCAGCCCUCCCAAUCCCAUACCUCCUGUUUGCCAGGGGAAAAAACUUAAAGACUUCAUGUGGCUGGUGGGAGGGGGUGGUAGACAGGAAGAAAGCAACAUGUCCAGGCCCCUGGUCUCCAUAGAGAAUGGUGCUUUGUCCAAGGAAAUGUAUGAGUUUCUAAUUUUCCAGAAGCAUGCAGUGGUGAGGUUGAUGGGAAGACUCCUUCCCAAAGAAAAUGGGUCCUCCAUGCAGGAUCUAGGAGAGUGACUGGGUGUGCCAAAAUAUGCCCAGGGUCCUGCCCUCAGCACUAGAUUUGGUGGGGCCAAGAGGGUGUGAACCUCUACUAACAUCCCACUUCUUUCUUUAACUCCUUUACUUUCUCAGCCCUUUAAGGAGGGACCAUAAGAACAGAAACUACCUUUUCAAAAGCUACUGUUCUUGGUUUUCCCCUCACAUAUUGACGGUUUAUUUCCUUGACCUCCCAGAGGGCUGAACCCUUUUGACUCCCUGCUUCCCAAGCUCCCCAGGGAACUGCCCCUACAAAGCAGAGCAGCCUAAGAGGUUGCUUUCAUCUGGGAAGGCAGGCCAAACAGUUACCACCCUCUGGCUGCUUAGUGCUUGAUUGCUUCUUACCAUACCAACUCUUAAAGUGUUCCCUUUCUCUGAGGCUUUUCCAUUUAACACAUGGGGCCCUUCUCCCAAGAGGGCUGCUUCCUUGUUUUAGAGGAAGGUACUGCCAUUGGGAGAUGGGGAUGUUGGGACCUCAGCAAUGAAGAGCUCUAGCGAAGUACUAGGAGGAGUGGGGAAGGAGGCAACUUGGGCAGAAUGUGGCCUACUUCCCUAGGCUCUUUUCUUCAGGUUUGAUGUAAGCACAGGCUUGCAUCUCCCAGGUACAUACUUUGACUUACUGUGGGAUAACUCAGCACUAGUAGGCAGGUAAAGUCACAAGUUUGGUGUCUUUCCACCUUUUGACUGUUGACUUAAUACCUCCCCUCCUUCUGCCUGGAGGUACUUCCUGCCUCUGACAAGGAGCAAGGAAGAAAUGGAGCCUGACUUGAAUGAACUCAGCUCAGAGUUCUAAGGACCAGCACUCUGGGGGUCAUUUUCUACAGGCAAAUGGAAAUUGCUUUUCCCAUAAUGUCCAGAUUGUAAUGUGAUCGUUGCUGAAAGAGGCAACAGGAACAGGGUCCUGCAUUACCCAUGCACAAUGCUACUUCUGUGUGUGCAUCUACAGGGCAUAUGAUAUACAACAUGACAAGUCAUGGCAUGUGAGAUGAGAUUGGCAUGUGAGACAGGGUUACUGGAGACCCUGCUGACUCAGAGGGGAGAGACUGAAUUGGACUGAACAACCCUUCCUCUGCUCCCAGCGCGUUUCUGAUACACCCCUCAGUCACUGAGGGAGUCCCCCUAGGGUUGAAGAGGCACAUUCCUUUGGGACAGAGGCUACAAAUUGUAGCUUUUUUUCCCGUCCCCAACCCCAUCCCCACCUCCACUUCAGAACAUGGCACCCUGUCCAACCAGCCAAGUGUUCAGUGACGUGCUUAUCCUCGAGAGCAGCUCCGGGUGUCUUUUUAAAAUGUAGAGAAAAACCAAGUAAGGUGACAGUUUAAGAAAAACAAUAUAUAGAAUAUCAGAAAAGCCGUUUACCUGGAGAAUUAUUUUCUCCCCAUAUUUGUUUUGUUUUUACUCAAUGACACAAUUUUUAGUUUUUUUUUUCCUGAUAGCAAAAGGGAAAAAAGAAAAAAAAAAAAAAAAACCCUCAAAAGGCCAAGGCCCCGUCCCCCUGUUGUCGGUGAUUUGUUUGUCUUUCUGAUAGGUUGAAAAUUGUGUAAUAAACUUGAUGACGCUGUCAAUCUUUUAUACUGCAUUGUAUUUUUUUCCUUUUGUAACAGAAUAUUUUUAAAUAAUAAAUGGGGUGUGAGCUGUUUUACGGA